UCAGUUCAGACAGGGAGUAAAACAGUGGGGUUGGGCUUGUUCCCCUCUACUUUUCAAAGCUACAAAGAGGCAUCAGAGCCGCUGCACAGUCCCAGUAGAGCUUCAGGGAGACAGAGAAAUCCUCGAAAUUCCCAGGGUUUAGAAAGAAAGAGAGAAAAAAACAAAUAGCUGAUUUAAGGGAAACUUUAAGAGAUGACACAGAGCAGGGAAAUGUGAAAGUGUGACAGUUCAGAAGGAAACUUUGAGAGGAUUAAUGAAGAAGUGGAAGGAAGGGUGUUGUUCAUAAAAGAUAACCCAACCAGUUCACUCUGCCCAGUGAUCGACAAGGACAACUGAGGGACCAAAAUGGAUGUGGUAACUUCUUUGCUGCUGUUUUUCUGCUCUCUCGGUGCUGCUACUUCAUCUUGUAUACCUGAAUGUCAAUGUCAAAAAACAAGCAUCAUGUGCCAUAGCCUCUCUGACUUCCCCACACAUGUGCCGUCAUCUACCACCCACAUCAGCUUCUCUGGUUGCAAAUUUUAUUCUCUGAAACAUGAAGAUCUCACUAAGUUUUCCUCUUCUCUUGAGCAGUUUGUGAUUGUAAAAACUGCUUUGAGCCAGGUACACACUGGCACAUUCAACUCCUCAUUAAAUCUAAAGUUCAUUGUAAUAACGGAAACUGAAGUGCAGGAUCUCCCUGAGACGCUGUUUGAAAAGCUACAGAAACUUCAGACCUUGAAUCUGAAAUACAACAAGCUCUUUGCAAUCCGGCCAAGGUGGUUUUCCCAGCUAACAGAGCUAACACAACUGGACAUGAGCAAGAACCGCUUCACUUAUAUACCAGUGGAAACCUUUCAUGCCCUAAAAAAGCUGAAGUUCUUAUCACUUGCUGCAAACAAUGUAAGUCAGCUAUUCAGUGACACAUUCAAGGGUCUUUCUGAACUAAAAAUCCUGCGCCUUAACAAAAACCUACUGACGGAGCUUCCAGCUGACAUUUUGAAUGACCUCGUUAACCUGGAGGAACUGAGUCUCCAGGACAAUCAAAUUACUUAUCUUGACCAUAUGCUUUUUUCAAAGACUCCAAAGCUCCAGAAACUGUUUAUCUCCAACAACAGACUGUGGUCUCUUCCACAGGGGAUCUUUUGUAAUUUGCCUCUCCUCUACCAGAUUUCCCUGUAUGAAAAUCACCUGAAGAGUCUGAGUCCAGGGGUCUUUGGGCCAAUGGCCCUGCGGGAGCUGUGGUUGUAUGACAACAAACUAAGCCGUGUGGAUGAUGACACAUUCAGGAACCUGACUCAGUUACGUCUUCUGGUUCUCAGUCGCAACCAGAUCAGCUAUGUGUCUGAAGACGCCUUUAGAGGUUUGACACAACUCGGGGAGGUCUCACUGCACACCAAUCAACUCACAAGCCUACAAGCCAGAACUUUUGAAGAACUACCCAAUCUGGUCAACAUAUCUUUGGAGAACAAUUUCUUCACCUCCCUUCCAUCGGAUUUUCUGAAGGACCUGAACAACCUGGGAGAGAUUGACCUGCGGAAUAACUCGCUUCCUAACUUGCCCCAGCACAAUCUAGAUUCACUUGCUAAAGCAGAGAAUGUCCUUUUACAGCAGAACCCCUGGAGGUGCGACAAGAAUAUUUUGCCUCUGAGGAACUGGCUCAAACUGUACCCAUCCAAGGUCAACCAAACUCUUGUGGUGUGUGAGACUCCUUUGAAUCUGAAGGGUGAGAUAAUAGCAAUGCUUGCAGAUGAGGAUCUGAUGCCUGUCAGCCCUUCUGAAGACCCUGUAUUGGCCUCAACUGAGAAGAGGAGACCCCAUACAGAUCUCCCUAAACAAAUCUCGCCUUCAGCUGAGUUAUUGACCACACCAACGUCAAAGCAAGAGAAUGUGACCAACAGAGGAAAAGGGCAAGGUGUACAAGCUAAUAAUAUUUCACUUAUUCUUAUUACACUUGCAGUGGUCUCCACUGUCAUUAUCAUUUCAGUCAUCAUUGGCUGCAUUUGCUGGAAGAGAAGCAGGAGAGGAAAUGAAAAUAUCAGCCAAAUGAGUCGGAAUUCAGCGCUGUAAACUAGAUCACAAUCAGAGACUUUUAAAGUGAAGGGAAACAAUUCAUUGUUGAUUGUAGAUCCUCAAAGGCCACACUUUCAGUCAGUAUUUGUCUUCUGUUAUGUGACUCAAAAAUGAAGGACAUGAACAUCUCAUUCACUAGCUGUAAAAUGAAGAACCAUAUAAUGUUGUGACCGAACAGCACCUUUGUCUUAAACGUGAACCAGGCCUCUGUAUUUCUGUAUUUUGCAAUAGCCAUGACAGUUUGAUACUGAUUUCUCUAUAAAUAACAAUGCAAUUAGUAAGCAGUUUAUCAUUUGUGGCAUAAGGGUAAUGCAGUGUGUACUAUAACACAGUUUUAAUGCAAAAUGCCUCUGUAUUCUGAAUAAAUUUACAACUUUUGUUCUUAAUAAUA